AACUAUGUACAUAAAAUCAAAAUGGCAGCUACAACAAACGUACCAAUUCAAAAUAAAAGUGAAAAUAGCUCAAUGGAAAAUAAUGGAACCAUACGCACAAUGCCUAGGAAAAGACGUCCUAGGGCAGCGGGUGAAGUUUACAUAACCUCUCCAUCGAGUCAGAUUUAUCUUAACAGUGAAGUGAAUGAAAAAAAUGAACUUGUCGAGCCAAUUUAUGAAAAUAUCAAUUCUAAACGGGAAGAAGUCACGUACACCCGACAACGUCAACAUGUGACGUUUGUUCGAGCGUUGACAAAAGAUGACGAUAAGUCGAAGGAAACUGUUGUAAUAAGCACUUUCGUAGAUGAUUCUGAUCAUUACUAUGAAUCCUUGUCGCCAUUGGGGAUUAAACGUCAAACCGCACUCGUGGUUCAACGCAGCUAUAGUCAACACUACACACAAAACAAAGAUUCACCCAAACAAGAAUUAAAAUCAUCUCAACACAAGAAAAAACAUUCUGCCUCUCCGCAUGUGAUUGGAAAUGGCGUUUCAGAAGAUUAUGACUCUUUUGAUACGGAUACAGAUGAAGUCUAUGAAACAGAGGAGAGCAUGAGAAAUCACAACGAUAGCGGUGUAGACAUACGUAAUGCUAAAUUACCAGAUCCCCCUGCUUCGACGAAUCAAGUUUACGCCAUGGUUAAAAAAUUGAAAAAUUUCAUCUCAAAUAAAAAGUCUCCAAAUUCCAUACAAAAGCACAGCGAUAGUCAACAAAAACUGUAUGAGAACUCUCAAUUCUAUGUAGAUGGUAAUAUUUAUGAAAAUGCGCCAAAGACUAAAUCAAAACUCUAUAAGUCCACGAGAAAGCCACCACCAAUACCAUCACCGAAUGCAGAAGACAAUAUUUAUGAAAAUACCGAAUUCCAUACGCCACCAAGUCUGAAUAUUAGUGAUGUAAAACCACUGAGCACAUCGGACAAGAAUCUUAGUUCACAUGGAUCCAACAGUGAGAUUGGCAAUAAUAGCAACACCCUACGCUCAAAGUCUAAAACGGGUAAAAGUUUCAAAUCACGCUUGCGUAAGAGUUUAGUUGGCAGUAAUUUUGACACUAAGCAGCUUUCUACACUUUCCUCAACGCGUAGUACUUUUUAUAUUGAAGAUCCAAUUCAUGGCGGUUCCGGGGAACUAGAUUCUGGUUUCUCUGAAAAGGCAUCAUCUGGCGACUUGCCUAUGCCUGAUACGGUGCCAAGUCCUGAACAACAAAAAUUCUCUACAAUUGCACGUAAGUCGAAAAAGGAAGCCAAAUCAGCACAACGUAGACGUACUACAAUAGGUAUACGACCACAUGAACCUCCACCUCCACCGCCAGAUGACGCCAAACAUAAGCAUCGCAGUGCUAUACCCACAACUUCAUGGUAUGCGGAAUGUGGUGUCUUUAAGAACAGCUCCUCUUUGGCAGUAAAUAAUGAAUCUCUUAACGGCAGCAAAAGCUCCAGUAGUCAAUGUGGUUCUACAACACCGAAUGCUACUUCUUGGUAUGCAGAAGCAGGCCUUUAUCAAACCAGUGGCAUUUCGGUUGCUAGUUCAAGUGGUAGUUCUGGUGUAUCUACCGGUAAUGAGGGUGGCUUGAGUGAUGAUAUGCACAGCAUGUUUCUGAACGAGCCUUUAUAUCAAAUAUAUAGCGCCGCAAAGUUAGAGGCCAUUGCGCGCGAUCUGGAUGAUCAUGAUGGGUCCACAGAUGGCUAUGAAGAAAUUGGUCAAACUGAUUUAACAGUUGAUUGCAGAACUCAUAACGAAGAAAAUCAAAGACGUUCCAGGCCAUCGGCCUUACAAUUAAUAGGUCCAAAGAAUGGACCUUCACGUACAUUAUGGAGUGAAAUUCCAGAAGUUAUAAAUUCUUGCAUAUUACUUACACUAACUCCACGAGAAAAAGCGCUACAGGAAGCCAAAUUCGAAGUGUUAACUUCCGAAGCCAGUUAUCUCAAGUCAUUAAAUUUACUACGUAGUCAUUUCAUGAAUCAUCCCAUAUUUCGUGAUACUAAAACUGUUUGUGCUCGGGAUCGUAAGGCAUUGUUCUCAUACAUUGUACCUGUGCACGAAUGUUCGGAACGUUUACUCUCUGAGCUAGAAGCGUGCUGGCAAGACAAUAUUAUGCUGCUUGGUCUGAGUAAGCGUAUAUAUGCCGUCGCUGAGAAAAGUUUUCAUGUUUAUAUAGCGUUCUGUGAACAUCAAGGACGUAUGGAUCGCACUUUAAGACGCUUGAAAGAAGCUAAAGGUCUCUUUUCACAGAAUUUAGACUUGCUUGAAGGAGAUUCAACGUGUUGUGGACUUAACUUACACUCUUUCCUAAUGUUACCCAUGCAACGCAUCACUCGUUUACCAUUACUAAUUGACGCGGUCUUCAGUAAAGUAAGUCCAAACGAUGAUGAGUACGAUAAUUGGAAAAUGACAUUGGCCAUUAUGAACAAAAUUGUUACCCAAUGCAACGAAGCGGCGAAUCGUUGUGAACAAGCCUACGAAAUUGAGCGCAUAUCACGACAACUCGAAUUUCCAACAACGAUACGAGCACUUGCCAUAGCGCCAGUUGGUGUACCAGCGCCAGGGUCAAAGCCGCGUUUUCUUGUGAAAAAGGGUGAAUUGACACAUCUUAUAUGGCGUGGUGAUGAUAUCAAAUUAACGUUUGGCAAGAAAUUCUCCAAAUCAAUUAUAUAUGCUUUCCUAUUCUCCGAUUUACUUGUGUUAACUAAACGUAAAAGUGAUCAGCAAUUCACUGUCUUCGAUUAUUGUCCGCGUAGUAUGUUAACCAUAUCAUCGGGCGACUCACUGCCACAAUUGCCAACCAAAGAUAUCAACCAAACUGGUAAAAAUCUUAUAUUAAUGACGUUGCUCGAAAAUCAUGAACGCAAAACCAUAGAACUAGUCCUCUCCUGUCCAUCUAUUUCUGAGCAAGAGCGUUGGAUUCAAGCCAUGCGUCCACCUGAAGCUGAAACACCAGGCGAGAAACUUUACGAACAAUGGGAUUGCCCGCAAGUCAUUGUCAAACAUACGUACGAAACCAAAGAACCGGAUGUGCUAAAUUUGGAGGUCGGUGAUGUGGUGAAUGUAACACGCAAACUUCCGGAUGGUUGGUAUCAAGGAGAACGAAUACGUGAUGGAGCAGUGGGUUGGUUUCCAGGUAGUUAUACGGAAGAAGUGAACUCUGCUCAUGUGAGAGCGAGAAAUCUCAAACAACGCUAUCGGCUGCUCACAUUUACCGCCAAUUAUUUAGAGUCACAAAAACGAAAGUAGUUGUAGUCAUAAACAAUCUUUAUGAAGAGAAUACAUAUAUAUAUAUAUAUAUAUAUAUAUUUAUCAAAUAUAUUAAUUAAAUUUAGUUAUAAAGCUAUAUAUCACUAUUGAUUAUAUAUGAAUAAUAUAACGUAUAUGAAGAUAUUGGUUACUUUCUUAGUUUUGUGAAAU